AUGGUUGAACGAAUGGAACGGCCAGACAGGCCAUCGGGGCCGCCUAUGCCUCGCGGCUUGCCCGAGAAUCCCGCCCAAGGUCGACGACAACUCCAGAAAGAUGCAGCGCUCGGCAACAUCCCUCCGCCGCCUCCCCUCCCGCCGAUGCCCAAGGAUCUCCGAAAUCUUUCUACCGGCCCGAGCCUCUCAGCUUCCUCGCCCAUGACCUCAGCCCAAGUCAUCGCCCUCGCCCGCGAUGCAAUGCAGAGUGCCCUUCACGAGAACGAGUCUCAGGCCGCCGAAGCGAGUGCCGUGAGCAACGAACUGAAACCCGGCGUCACCAUCGACUUGAGCCGCAAGGGCAUUCAGAAACUCCCAGAUGAGGUUGUUGAUAUUAUUAAGAAUGAGUUGGAGCGUCUCGCCCUAUCGCACAACCAGGUCAACUCCUUCCCAGCCCGAUUCUCCGAAUGUACAUCUCUACGAUACCUCAAUGUGCGGAAUAAUCAGAUCAGGGAGUUUCCGCUGCCGCUCUGCGACCUGAGAUCUCUCGAGAUUCUUGACCUGAGUAAAAACAAGCUUCGUGCUCUGCCCCCUGACAUUGUCAAGCUUGCUUCUUUGAAGGUCUUCUCCGUCCAGAAGAACCGGAUCGAAGAGCUGCCCGUUGCUUUGUCCGACAUGGUUUCGUUGCAGGUACUUAAAUUCGAUGGCAACCCUAUCACAUUUCCGCCUCGGGAGGUCCUGCAGGUGCAAGCAAGUAGCCCGCCAAACGAGGGCUACCUGAAAGAAAGCGAAGUCACCGAGGUGGCUGUCACUGCACACAUCAAGCGCUUUUUAAGACAGCAUACCAUGAACGGCCGUGCAGAGUCAGACACGGCUGGUGAAGAAUCCAGCGAAGGCGUGGAAACCCCACGUAUGCCACCGAUCAAGCGAGUUGUCAGCGGUCGGUUUCCUAUCAAGGUCAAUGGUACCGAUAUGCCUGAUCUUCGAUCCCCGAACCUGAUUCGGCCUCCUCCUAUUCCGAAUCGGUCGCAUUACCGAGGCUUGUCUCAGCAGAACACAGCCCUCCGCCGUCCUGGAGUUAUGCCCUUGACGAUAGGAAAUGUCAACGAGCGCCUCAGAAGCAACUCAGAGACGUUGUUGCAGGCAACUCGUGGAGAACGCCCCGAAUCUCGAGCAAGACGCAUGGGCGUGGUAUCUCAGAAGGCUACUCAGCUCGGCACCUUGGAUGAGACCCAGGCCAACAACCGCUUCAGUCACUACAGAGGCCUGAGCCAUGGUAGUGCCAUGCAGCCGCCUCCCCCCAGCAUGUCGGUCAAGAGCCCCAACAGCCCUGCAGAACCUUUCCUCCAGCGGCCGAUUUACGUCAGAAGACUCUCGGUUCUCCCUGAACGCAGACGCGAGUCCAAGUUCUACGACCCUAUUCUCGAGGCCGCCAAGGGCAUUCUCUAUGCCGUGUUUCAAAUCCAUCCCAUGAUCCAAAUGCUUAUGAGCUUGACGAGCGAUGGUUCCUCCAAGAGAUCUAGUCUUGAGAUUGUCUUUUACAACACGAAUUCGCAUGUGGAGGAGCUGGAGCAGGAGAUCCAGAAGCACGACCCUAUGGUGGUGGGAGACGAGAUGGCGGGCCGCGAGAAUGAGAACGUCCAUCGGGCGUGCCAGACUCUGGUCGGGGCAUAUACCCAUGUCUGCACCCUUCUCGCCGGCAAUAUUGAUUCAUUUAUCGACAACGGAGAUCCGCGCUACAUCCGCACUCUUCUGAUGCUCAUCUAUAAUAGCAUCAUGGAGAUCAGAUGUACUCUUGCCGCGCUGACACCAGAGGCUGGUUUGAUCAAGCCCCCUACGCGGGCCAUGAACAUGAGCGAUACAAUCAAGCCCCACUCACGCGACAAUUCCAUCACGCCUACCGCUGAGCGGCUUGGGUUGGCUCAGCGACCACGGCCCGGCCCCAUUAUGCACAACCCGAGCAACCUCAGAGUUGCGACAGACGUGCCCCUUCCGUACCUGAACGGAAUUAGCGGUAUGAAUGGCAUGAACGGUAUGAAUGGAAACGUAGCAAGCCGUACAGCAACGCUCACUUCCGCAACGCCACGGUCAGGGGAAUCGUUUGCCUCGGCCUCAUCUGGGGGACGUAGCGUAUCCGAUUUCACCGAGGACGACAGACACUUUGAGAAGAUUUUCCUCUCCCUGCGGAAAUCGACACUGGUCGUCUUGAGGACUUUGCCCGAUUUCCAGAACCACAUGUCUGUCCUCGCGAAGAGGGCAAUGGGACGUCGCGCACCCGAGCAUGAAAUGAUGUGGUGGAAGGCUCUUAUUAGCAGAUGCGGCACGGCAGUGCAGCAGACGGAGAUGCUGCAGAGCCGCCUGUCACUAAUCAAACUCAAGGAGCCUGGCCUUAUGAACCAACCAGCCUUCAGAAGCUUGAUCAGCAACUUCAUUGACUCGUGGUAUGAAUUUGGUUCUCAAAUUCGCUGGGCGUUCAAUGAAGUCAGUCUCCCACCCGAUACCAGGGUCCGACUACGCCCUAUCCAGCAAACCAUGAAGGAUGCAAGGGAUACUAUUCUUCAGUCGCCUUGGAGCUACUUGUUGCGACAGUCCUCGAACCCCAACACGUUCAGCCCGAACGGUGGCCCAGGCUUGGCACCCAUGCAGUUGCCAAUGACCCCUCAGAGCGCAGCUUUGGGCCCUGCUGUCCAGGCGACGGUCCCUUCCACGCCGCAGAGUGCUUCCUUUGCCUCGGCCUUCAACGGCGGCGUCUUUGAGCGCGCGGAUGCUCUCAUUUCUAUGGGUGGCCUCUCGAUGUCUCGAAACGGUACGAUGACAAACAGCUCGGCCGCUAGUUUCACCAUGUCCUCCAUGUCAUCGCUAUCAUCCGACGGCGGUGCCAUGACACCAUCAUCAGUCAUUAGCCCUAAUGGCUUCGGCCCUGGCCCGGUGCCACUGCGACUCAACGGUAGCAAAGUUGCCUUCUAG